AUGGCCGCCGCUUACGAUAGACUUGCGGAGCUGAAGGCGUUCGACGAAACGAAAGCCGGCGUCAAAGGCCUGGCGGACGCCGGGAUCACAGAUCUCCCUCGUUUCUUCCACGCGCCGCCGCAUCUUCUCCACGGCAGUCCUGCAGCUCCAGCUGACGAUCCGAGCUACGUUUUCCCAAUCAUCGACCUGGACGGCGCGUGGGAAGAUCCCGACAAGCGGAAUCGGAUUGUUGGGGAAAUCAGGGAGGCGUCGGCAAACUGGGGAUUCUUCCACGUCGUCAACCACGGCGUCCCUGCACGCGUCGUCGACGAAAUGAAAGCCGGAGCCCACAGGUUUUUUGAGCUGGAUGUCAAGCAGAAGAAGGAAUACUUCGGCCGUGACAUGACCAAAAAAGUGGUCUACAACACCAACUUCGAUCUCUACAGUUCACCGGCGGCUAACUGGCGGGACACCAUCCUCUUCCACAUGGCACCAAACCCACCGGAGCCGGAGCAACUGCCCACCUGCUGCAGGGAGAUCGUGACAGAGUUCUCCAAAGAGAUGCUGAAUCUCGGAGACGUGCUUUUCCAGUUAUUAUCCGAGGCUCUGGGUCUGCGGUCGAACCACUUGAAAGAAAUCGGUUGCUUGGAGGGAAUGGACACGGCUUACAAUUACUACCCGGUUUGCCCCGAGCCAGAACUCACUUUGGGAGCAACACAGCACACAGAUACAGGAUUUAUUACGGUGCUUGCGCAGGAUGACAUUGGAGGCCUUCAAGUUCUUCAUCGAAAUCGUUGGGUCGAUGUGCCUCCUAUGUCCCAAGGUUUGGUGGUUAACCUCGGAACUCUUCUUCAGUGCAAACCUCGUUUUGUUCAGGUAAUGUCUAACGAUAAGUUCACCAGCGUGGAGCAUAGAGUGGUAUUAAAAGGCGCGGAGCCAAGAGUCUCUGCCAUAUCCUUUUUCGGGAUUGGGUACACAUUGAACACGAGGUUAUAUGGACCUGUAGAAGAAUUGUUAUCUGAAGACAAUCCUCCGAAAUAUAAGAAGACCACGAUUAAAGAUCUGGUUGCUCAUGCAUACAAGCAAGGUCUUGAUGGGACCUCUUUUCUGCAUCAUCUUAAGCUUAUGGAUUAA